GUGCAGAUCUAGACAUUCGUGAGGCAGAGAGGGGAGGUUUUCUUUGUAGAAAUGUUGGCAAAAUUCUGUCUUGUGUGUUGUGUGCUGUGUUUGGUGGAGAGUCGUAAUGUUCCAGAAAAGGUAAAAGCUGGCCCGGAUGUUAGUCUCGCUCCGCAGCACCGCAGCGUGAGAAGCACGGACCGCAGGUGCCCCAGUCUCCGGGCGCGGCUCGUGGCCUACGACCGCGUCACGCGCAACCUGCGAGCCGAGGCUAAGGCCGAGAAGGAGUACCUACAGAUCCUGGAGAAGGAGAGGGGCAUCCUCAACAAACAGUUCAAGGACUGUGCCAGAUAUUUUGACUACAUCGUGCCUGACUACAGCUGCGGGUCGCUGAUGCAGCUAAUCCUGAAGUACGACACCAGGAUAGGUUUCUCCGAGCACCGCCUGUUCCAGCACCACCAGGACCUGGACUGGCUGGACGUGCAGAGGGACAUGACCAGGGAACAGUACGAGGCCUGCACAUACCGCAGGUGGGCAGACUCACGUGCACGUAGAGGGUGACAUGCAUCUACGGGCAACAACCAGGCCUCUCAUAGACAACAGACUCUUUACCGCGUCUGGCAAUAUUUUGGCAACCUGCCUGAGCUGCAGCACUUCACAUUCAAACUGUCAGAGGGCGCCCCUGCACCGUCAAUGGAAGGCACCCUGGGUGUUGUUCUUGCACCCAAACCCUACCAGAUUUGCGCCCUUCCAAGAGAUAAUGAGAGCGUUGUUUUGAUACUUUUAAACUUAUUCUCAGAUUAUACAUAAAGGAAUAUUUUGCUUAUAAUAUACAUGUAGCAGGAAAGGCGUUUGAUUUAGAAAAACCUUGGUACCGUAAGGAACAUUUGUUUUAUUUUGCUUGUCUUUUAUUUUCUAUUUUCUUCUUGAUACCCGGUAGCAUAUAUGUUAACGUUUCAAUCAUUUAAUUAUCUUUUUAAAGAGACAUUUAUCGAUGGGGAAAGCGCACUGAUUAUACAAAUGUGAUAUAAAACAUAAGCGUCUCUAGCAUCCGUUCGGACGCUGACCUUCGAAGUUCGAACUAUGACAAUUGUUUUUCCGUGCUGUGUGUCCUUUAGGCGAAAGCUGUGCUGUACUUUUCAAUCAUACUUAAGAGCUGACAUGUUCAAGAUGACACAUUAAAUGUCCGUGACGUUGAAUCUUCCAUAUCAAAGGCAAAGAAAGUCACUC